GGCGGAUGUAACAUACGAGUAGCUAAUGUUUGCUUCGAUAUCGACGUUAACGAUUCUACGAAAUAGCCGCGUUGACAUAUUGUGCGAUGUGCAUGUGAAUGCGUGUGUGCGUGUUUAUAGUGAAAUAAAUUCUGUUUGAGAAAAUAUGUUAGAAAUUUGUUGAAUAUGAGCGAAGGAGCGAAUUCGGUUUCGCAAAUCAGCGAGAAUUCGCUUACGACCUUGAAAGAUGAGGUCGAUCCUGAGGAACUUCCUCCGAGAACGAUAUCGCACACGACGAGAAGGUCGCGAUUUGGUACAAGCAAUGUCCCAUUGUCGCCUUAUAUUUUGAUCGAUGGUAGAAAAUUGCGAAGCUCCUUGGCAUUGAGCAAAAAAAAGCUUCCCCGACGUGUGAAUUUCCCAACAAAUGACAAUCACUUGAUUACGGGAUGCCUGGAACCGGCCAAUCCAUGGAAACUCGCUGAAAAUGUGAAUUGUGAAGAUGUAAUCUCAUCAUACAAGGAAUCCUGUUUAAAACACAAUUCAGAUCCUCUGGAGAUUGUUAUAAAUCAACUUAAGAAUAUAGAUACAUUUGAAUUGAGAAGUGAAGAGUUAGAUUUAAAAGGACAAACAUUGGAUAUUAAUCAUGCGGAACCAUUGGAGGAAAUUUUCAAAAGAGUUCGAUUUAAUAAAGUUAAUUUAGAAGCUACAUCUUUGGAUGAUGAGAGUUCUGUGAUAUUAUUUGAUAUGUUAGAAUAUUAUGAAUCUGCAAGGCACUUGAACAUUUCAUCUAAUCAAGGCAUUGGAAUUUAUGGUUGGCAAGCAUGUGCAAAUAUGAUAAGAAAGACCCAAUGCUUAGAACAUCUUGAAGCUAAGGAUGUAGUCCUUAAUGAACAAUACAUGAAUAUCUUGAGUCGUGCAUUAAGAUUAGUCUGUCAUCUACAUGUGCUUAAAUUAGAAAAUUGUGGACUUUCAGGAAGAUCUAUCGUCACACUAGUUGCAGCAUUAAAAAUGAACACUGGAAUAAGAGAACUUUACUUAGCUGACAAUGGGCUGAAUUUAUAUGAUGCAAUACAGCUUGGUUCUCUUCUUAGAUUAAAUAAUCAUAUACAGCUACUUGAUAUUAGUAAUAAUGUCAUUCAAGACGAUGGUGUACGUGAUAUCCUAGAAGGUCUCAUCAAUCAAAUAAACGAGGACAAAGAUGGUAAAGGUUUAAGCAUAUUAGUAUUAUGGAAUAACCAACUGACAAAAAAAUCAUCUCCCUAUUUCGCACGUAUUAUAACAUUGUCUAAGACGUUAGAGACACUAAAUAUUGGAAAAAAUAUGUUGUCUGAUGAGUUGUUAUUGAUUAUAAAAGAUGCACUGAAAAAGAACCAUGUUCUAUUACAAUUGGGAAUACAAUCAACUGAGCUUACAUGUGAUGGAAUUGUUACAUUAUCUGAAAUCAUUGAAAUAAACCAUGCAUUACAAAGGAUAGAUUUAAGAAAUAAUAGAAUACAUUUGACUGGAAUGAAAGCUCUCAGUUCUGCUAUGAAAAAGAAUAAAAAUAUUACUAAAAUAGAUUUAGAUGAUAAACCUGAUAUAAAAAUGGAUGAUUUAAACGAGACCUUGCUUCAGUACACGCAACUUGUAGCUGAAAUUCGAAGCUGUUGUUUGGAAAACGAGAAAAGUCGUAUAUUAGAAGAAAAUAGCGAAGGUUUUGAUAAUUCAUAUCAUAGCAGAUUCUGUAGUGCAACCACCCGUAAAAUUUCGCUUACUUGUCAAACAUUACCAUGUUCUUUAUCACCCAUGAUUUCAAUACAAAAAGAUGAGCCUGGACGAUCGAUGCUCGAACCGAAACGUAUUAAUGGAGGUCGUCUUCGUUCUCCAGCCCCUAGUCCCGCCUCUUCACCCAUAGCCAGUCCGAUAUUAAGUCCCUCGCGAAGUCGGUUUGUGGUAUCCCGAGUUCCAGAAACGUUACGUACUACAGAAUCCUCAGUACCAUCAUCAUCAUCUGUUCUUCCAUCCCUUGGAUCAUCACCUACCUUUGUCACUUCUGCAAGUGGGUCAUCUAGAUUUCGUGUUUCAGUUGUUGAAUCAGCAAAUACUGUAUCUUUAUCUAAACCUGUUAUUACUACGACCGAGGCUGAUAUCAUGGUUGGUUUAAAUCCAAAAGUUAAUAUUACAGAAUCGACUGAUUUAAGUUCGAAAGUUAAUAUUACAGAAUCGACUGAUUUAAGUUCGAAAGUUAAUAUUACAGAAUCUACUGAUUUAGAUGAUCUGAAUACCGUACUUGUAUCUGAAUCAGAAAAAAAUAAUCAAACCAUUGAAAGUUUUCGAAGUAUUUCAAACGACUUGUCUCGUCUAGCUUUAAAUGUUGUAGAAGAAACGUAUACACCAACGAUACUUGGAUAUCCCGUAGAAGAAUUAAAUACAAAUAAAUCUUUUGUUAAGACAAGGGUUGAAACUCAGCCUGAUGAUAAUAUAAGUUCUAUUAAUCUAGAACGCAAGAAAGAUGAUGUGCCAGACAAUCAAAUUAUUUCGAAUCGAUUGGAAGAUGUUUCAACGAUGACAGAUAUCGAGAGUGUAGAAAAUCGUUUUAACGAAAAUACAGAAGAUGUAAAAACGUUUACACUUACAGAUAGGAACGGAAAAAGUCCUUAUAAUACAAUAAGUGAUAAACCAAUAAUUUGUAAGAAAGAUUACGAUGCAACGGAUAAAGUAACAAAUACUCGUACAAAUGAAAGUGUAGAAUUGCAGUCGCAAACGAAACACGAUCCAAUACAAAAAAGUACUUCUAAUUUAGGAAAAUUACUUUCGCUGUUUCAACAUUCUAGUUGUUUUUUUUCUGAUUCCACUCCUAUUAAUCAGUUGAAAAGUAAAAAUACGUUUCAAGGUAGCAUAAACAGCAUGAUGACUCUUGGAGAUAAAUUCCAUUAUUACAUAAAAGAUAAGAGAGAUAGGAUUUAUAAUCGUGAAACGGAAGAGUCCUCGGUAUCGCUAAAGAGUAAAUCAAAAUUUUUCAAUGUUUCUCAAUUGCCAAGUUUACAAAGUUUAGCGAAUAUGAUCCCAUCGUUUAGAUUCGAAGGUAAUAUAAAUGCUUCUGGACAAAGUAAUAAGCCUUGUUCCAAAGAAGUAGAUCUUUUACUCAAGAAAGAUAGUGAAAAUGAUUCAGUCGAUACAGAAAAAAAAUCUGUUGAACAUAGUAAAGAAAGCAAAACCUUACGUGUCUAUUUAGAAGGACGAAAGUCCAGUCCUACUUUAGAUAAUCAAUUAUUAUCUGAAAAUAUACAAUCAAAAUUUCCUCCUGGUGUUACUAACAAAGAUGUAGUAUUAGCUGCAGAUUGCAUUGUUUCGAAUAUAAUUGAUACUUGUUCUAAAAUUGUGAAUAAUAAUUUAUUAAUGCAUGUUUCAAAUAGUAACACGAUUGUACCUGUACCUAAAUUAAUAGGUAUACCUGAAUAUUCUGCUUUAAAAGCAGUUAAAAACGAUGUACAGAAACGAAAUAUAGCGGGAAUACUAGAUAAAGUAGAUCCUAUACUAAUAAAAGAAACGAAUAAUGAAACUUUAACAGACAGUAUUAAUUUUACUAGUGAUAGCAAAUCUUUGUCGUGUAGUAUGAUGUAUGAUGUAAGCAAUGAUAUGCAUACUGUACAUACGUCUAACAGAAUGCACAAUUUAGUAAUAUUAAAUAUAAGUACAAAAGAUAAUGUUGGAAAUAAUUCUGCUUUUAAUGUAAAUAGUACAGGAAGUAAUACAGCAUGUUUUGUAUGUAAUCAAAAAUGUGUCUGUAAUGUAAAUAAUAAACCACUUGAAUGUUAUAAUACGUUGAAGAUAAAUGUAGAAACGAAUUGUUUAAAUAAUGAAGUUACCAGAAUGUAUAGUAUUGACAGUAAUAGUGAUAGAAAUGUCUUUAUAAAUGUUCAUAAUAUGCCAACAAGCAAUGACGUAGAAGGAAUAAAUGUAUAUCGUGUAAAUAAUAGUACGAAUUGGAAAAGCGCAAUUGUAAAUAACAUACCAGAAGCAAAGAUAUCAAAAAUAAAUUGUACAUGUAAAGAUACUAACUCCGAAUUUAGCGAUCAUAGUGUACAUUCAUGUACUUCAGUACUUUAUAGAGAUGUAAAUACACCAAUAAAGCAAGAAAUGGUAGAGCCAUUUGUUAUAAAACAUAACAAAUAUAUUGAAAUAAGUAAUAUAAUUGAAAUGAAAAUUAAUAGUUCUAUUAUGAAAAAUAUUAUGGAUCAUAUGUUCAAGGAUAUGAAUAUUGUUAUGCCCAUACCAAGAAUGUACUCUUCUAUGACAAACUUCAAUGUGUUAAUUCUUAGAAAUCUUAUACAUCAUGUAGCUGAUAUCUCUAUUGAUGAAACUCCGAUCAAAAAGCUUUCAUUAGAUAUUACAACUAAUAAUUGGCCGAAUAUCGUUAAAGUAAAGACUUUAUUUUGUGAUCUAUCUCAGAUAUCUCAUUCAUCAAUGAAUGCUAUAACUGAAAAGCCAGAAAACAUUCAUAACAACAAUGAAGCGUUAAAAAUCGAUGAAAAUUCUUCACUGGAGGAUAAUGCCGAAGAAAGUAUGAGUUUUUACAAAGAACAGAAAGUCAAAGAAAACGAGGCUUUUGGAAUUGUUUCCGAAUAUUCUUCAGUACCUGUAAUAGCUGAUCCUAUUGUCCAUUCAAAAGAAAAUGCAUCUUAUUUGAAAGACAAUGAUGAUGUAAGCAGUAACUCACCAGAGAAUAUUCAUAUGCUCAGUAACUUUGGAUCAAAUAUUGCUCAACAUUUAAAAUGCACAAAUUCGGAUGAUAUAAAUGAUACGACUCAACAAUACUUAAAUGCAAUUAAAUGUGCAGUUGCCACAACUAUGUGUUCAACAGCUGUAGUGAACACAAGGGGCAAUACAACAGUUGACAUUAUUUCUGAUCAGAAUACUAAUAUUGCUGAGCCUUCAUCAGUAAUUCGUGCAAACAGCACAAAAUAAAAUCAAUGAUAUUGAAGAAGAAAAAGAAGAAGAAGAAUUGCAUCUUGUUGAAUAUGAAGACACAGAAUUAAAGAGAAGAUAUAUGGAGGAAAAUAACAAUCUUUACGAUUUUGACGAUGAAAUUGACGAAUUCA